GUCCGUUCUGCUCAAGGCAUCAUCACCUAUUCAUGACUAAUAUUAUACCUAUUAACCUCAAAUUAAAUCUGUCUCCAUCAUUAGAUGAUUCUUUAGCACAUUGAAUUGCUUCAAAUUCAUUCAUUAGAAUUAUUUGUUAAAUAUAAAUCUCUAUGUCUGUGAUUUUUUUAUUGGAGAUUUGAUCCGUUCAUGGGUAAAAGAUGCACGUUUUCAACACAAUAUAAAGGUCAUGGUUGAGCCAGAGUCAUUUGCAGCCUCCACCGAUUCAAGUAAUCAGCUAGAAUAGGCAAUGGAAUCAGGGAAGAGCCAGGAAGAAAAGUACAGAGGCGUGAGAAGGCGGCCGUGGGGGAAAUUCGCGGCGGAGAUUCGAGACUCGACAAAGCAAGGAGCAAGAAUAUGGUUAGGUACUUUCAAUACAGCUGAAGAAGCAGCAAGAGCUUAUGAUAAAGCUGCAUAUAUAAUGAGAGGUCAAUUAGCAGUACUCAAUUUCCCUCAAGAAUACCCUCCAACUAAUAAGAAUGUGGCAAGAACUGGGAUUGAUAAAAGCAAAGAAGUGAUUGAAUUUGAGUGUUUGGAUGAUAAGUUGCUUGAGGAGCUUCUUGAUUUUGAAGAGAACCAGAACAACAAUUAGAGAGUGAAUUUCUGUGUAUUUAUGGCUAUAAUGUUCCAACUAUAUAGUUUUGGCGCCAAUAAGUUCAAGGCAGUUAAUUAGUUAGUUAAAUUAUCAGCAUUUUGUGGGCCCUUAAUUACUCCCUUUUUUCUAUAUGUCAAACAAAAGCAAAAUAAAAAUUUGACUGUAUAUUUCUUUAUUUCUCAAUUUUUUUAAUUCCUUUUUUUAUUUUCUUUUGCAUUCCCUUACUGUACUCAAAUCAUCAAUUGGGUAUUUGGACAAAUUACAAUC